CAUCAAUGUGCAAAAGAGUGGGAAGGCUGCUGCUUUGUGAAGAUUAUUAUAUCAUAAAAAUUAUCAAAUUUAUCGAGAUUUUCAUGAAAAGUUCUGUAUCUAAUAAUUUUGUUAUUUGUACCAGUUAAGUAUGUUAGUAUUGGGUAGCUAUUUAUUUAAAAUACCUUCGGUCGUCUUCGUUUGAAUUAAUUAAAAUGUAAUGUUUUUUUUCUUCACCGUGACUUUAAUUUAUUUUUUACCCCGGCUCUGUGCAGAACAGGCACAAAUUUUUCGGGAGCCGCCAUCGACAGAAAAGAACCUUUUUAUGGUCAAGUCGUCAAACUAACGAAUGACAUGAUGGAGGUGACGCACUCCAUCCGUGAGCGCACCAUUGCUGAAAACAGUCUGGUCAUACUUCUGCAAGGCCUGCAGGGUCAUGUGACUACAGUGGAACUGCGGGACGAGAGCUCAGCGCGCGGCCGCCUGGUCAAUGUCGAUGCCUUUAUGAACGUGCGUCUGGAGGAGGUGGAUUACUGUGACCGGCGCGGGCGACCCAGUAAGGUGGCAGAGCUGUUUAUCACCGGAAGGAAUGUCCGGUAUGUACACAUUCCCGACCACGUGGACAUCAUGGAGACCAUCCAGACCCAGCUGAAGAAGAUCCACCGUGUUCGCAACUUUGGAAGCAGGCACGGGGGCAGGAAGGAGUACACGAAGAAAACGGCUAACACUUAGUGAUCCUCACUUUGGUUUUGGGGUUGAUUUUUCCCACAUGAAUCAAUCAGAUUAUUAUUAAUAUAAAUGUAAUACUGUUUCAGUUAAACACACAGCUUCCUAUUGUUUUACAGAGCAAAUGGAAUGGUGUAGGGGUAAAAACUGAAUUGGAAGAAUCACAAUCCAGGAGGAGUCUAGCUGUUGAACACUAAGCAUAACUACUAGUAAUAGCUGCUUGAUAGGGAAGUGGAAGAACAGGCUGCCCACUGAGAUUCUUCAUAAUCUGUCUGAAUAAACUCCCUGUUUGUGUUUAA